AUGUGGAGAACAUACGCCCUGCUCCCAGACCUGAGUGAGCUGAGCCAGCCCUAUACCCCGCUGGCGGUGGUGUGGGAUGACUGCCAGGAGCAGCUCGAGUGCGAGAUCCUGGAGGUCAUCCAUCAGCUCGUGGGGGAUGUACUGCGCUACGAGCACCUGGCUUGGGCAUACCCUUGGCUGAAUGUCUGCUUCGGGUCCUUCUCCAUUCUCGGCUCAUGGGGCCCCGGCUACAAGCGGCACAAGGCGUGCCUGUUCACGAACUAUGCAAUCCUGGACGGACCCCUGCAGGCCGAAGACAGCUCAACGAUUGGUGGCUGGCCCGUGGCUGACGAUGAUCUGGAGUGUUUCGAGCAGAGCCAGUGGGCCUUCAUCACAGAGAUAGGGCCGGAGAAGCGAGAGCGCCUUGUCCGGGCGACGCUGAAGGCCGCAUGGGCAAAGUUUGGCAUUCCGGAUCUCGACGAUGCCAUCACCGAGUACUUGGUGAGCUCAGCCGUGACGGUGGUUGCUGAGGCGCAGUCUGCCGGUGAGGCAGAGGAUGAGCUGCUCCUCCACUUGGGUGUCAUCUUGAAGUCCCAGGAACUGAAAGACAAGUACGUCGUAGCCCUGUGCAGGGCUUUGGCCGGAACGGUCUCCGCAACCCCCAAGGAGGUCGAUGAGGGCGACGUUCCGAAAGAGGGGGAGGGACCUCUGCUGUGCAGAUGCAGAGAUCUGAUCCUCAUGUACAUGGGCAGCACUGACUUCCUCUUGAAGGACACCACCUUUGAAUUGCGGAAGGGCCAUCGCUAUGGCAUCGUGGGCUCCAAUGGCACAGGUAAGACCACGCUGAUGGAGCGCAUCGCGGAUGGGGCGAUUGCGGAGCUUUCUUACACCUCCUUGCGCUUUGUACAUAUUCACCAUGAGUCGCUCAGCGAGUGUGUAGACAAGUCGCUGACGGCUGCAGCUUAUGCGCGAGAGGUUGUGGGUCCGGAUAUACCAAUCCACUCUGCGCUGGCCGAGGUCGGCUUCACAAACGCGCUGAAAUCCAAGCCUGUCUGUGAGCUGUCCGGAGGCUGGCGGGUGCGGCUGCUUCUGGCAACCGCCGUGGCCCGGCAGGCCGACGUACUCCUACUCGACGAGCCUACGAACCAUCUGGACUCGCAGGCGGUGGCCUGGCUCGUCAACUACAUCACUUGUGAUCUGGCGGGUUCUACCUCAGUGGUGGUCUCCCACGAUGCCGCCUUCCUGGACCAGAUCUGCACCGACAUCAUCCACUUUGACGAGUCCCAGCUGAAGUACUACAAGGGGAAUUUCAACGAGUUCCGAAAGCAGGUGCAGCUUAGGGACGCGCAGGAGCUCUUGCAGGUGCGCUCCAGGGGAGCCAGGGAACAACCUUCCACGACUGUUCCAGAGGCAACAAAGGCCGAAGGCAAGAUCCCCAAGAGCGGCGAGACAUCAGGAACACCCGUGCGCGUGGGGCUUCCUGUGCCUGGCAAGGUCGAGGGUCUCACGAGCAGCAGAAAGCCGGUCAUCGAGCUCAAGGACGUGUCCUUCAGGUACUUGAUGGCCAGCGAGUACAUCCUGCAGCAUGUCUAUGGCAAGGUCACAGCCAUGAGUAGGAUCGCCAUCGUCGGCCCCAACGGUUCCGGCAAGUCGACCCUGGUGUCACUCCUGUGCGGAGAGAUCAGGCCCUGCGCGGACGAGCAGGGAGCCGUCGGCGAGGUGGAGCGACACAGGAGCCUGCGUUUGGCAUAUGUUGCUCAAGGCCACUCGUUCCACCUCGGAGAGUACGCCAGGUGUACUCCGGAGGAGUACAUCCAAGUGCGGUACCGGAAUGGCUACGACGAGGAGCUGCAAAGAAGGCUCCUGGCCCCUCCGGAGGAGAAAGAGGCUGCCCUGCUAAAACGGCUGGGCGCCAAGUUCGGUAAGUAUGGGAAGCAGGUGGAGGCAGUCAUCUCGCGGUGCAAGCGGCGGAACGACUGGAGAUACGAGGUGAAGUGGGAAGAUCUCGCGGAGAGGCAGAACACCUUUGAAAGUGCCGCCAAGCUGCGACAGCUCGGCGUGGAAAGGCUCGCAACUGCCCUGGACGAGCGUUUGGCCGUCGGCACGACGGAAGCAGUUACUCUUGGCUCUUGUUUGGGAUACUUUGAGUACUUGGCAUGGUUGCCAAGGCCGGGGCAAAGGGCAGGAACCUGCCCAGGAUCUCACAUCGGCACUGCGGGAGAUGAACCGUUAUGA